AGAGACACGAGAAGUGGCGGUCAUAGUGCGCAUUUCUGGGCGCUCGCGAGAUCCGCUGGUCGGACGGAGAAGCAAAAAACACUGAAUUAACCAUGCACUGCACAACCAUGCAAGCCCAGGGCAGAGAGAGAGAGAGACAGAGGGAACGAGAUAGACAGAGAAAGCAAACUCUGAUUGGGGAAUGACUACAAUGGCGCCGCGUCUCGCUGUGCACUUUGGCCUUUCAAGCUUCGCUUGCAGGCGGAAUGAUAAGUAUGUUUUUUGGUGCGGCGACAAACUCGGCGACUGAGGCAUCAAGCCGCGAAGCUACCUUACGCGCCGUGCCCUCGAGAAGAAUUGCAGCGUCAACCACGAAGAAUGGCUGUCCUGCGUGCGAUGGCUGUGAAGACAAAAGCUUUUGCGGCAGCAGGCGCAAACCAGAGAGGAAGGAGCGCGAGAAAGUGAAACACUGGCAAUCCAGGGACGCUGGAUCCGGAUACGGGCGAGCCUACAGCGUACGCUACGAGAGGGAGGAAGAGGAAGAGGAGGAGGGGGAGGAGGAGGAGGAAGAGAUCAUGACGGGGGAAGAGGAGGGGUAGCCGCCGCAGCAGUACAGUCGAAAGAAGAGGGGGAGGAAUGUGAACCUUUACGGCGUCGCCAAGCCUCCAGAGCUUCCGCGAAUGACUUGCAGACAGAGACGUGCAGAAGUACGUACGCAUUGCCGAAUUACGCCUUGCGCGUCACAUGACGCCGCAGCCACACCUCAGGGACCGCAAUCCGGAACGCACCGAAGCGCAAUCCAACGAUCCCUUGCGUAUUCAAAUCCUGCCGCAAACCUGCACCGUUUCAAGUUUA